UAACAAAAGAAACAAAAGACAAAAAAAAAAAAAAAACUCCUCUGGAUUCUAGGCUGUAUUUUGUUACAUUUUUCUUUUCUAUUUCAACUCGAUGCAACCCCAUUUUCCGUUGCAUAGCACCCAGAUUGUGCUUCCCCGUUUUCGGUUCUUUUAUUAUAUCUCCUAUUUUUUUUUCCUAUUCUGGAUGGUCGGCAACAUUUCUUCUCAUCAUCGGCUUAAGCGGAGUCUUUCUUUGGCUUCGGAUCAUGUGGCGUCUGUUUAUUUUUCUUCUUCACUCUCUUAUCGCAGACGUUUUCGUACCAGAGAAAGGCGACGGCAAAACAUACAUUUUACUGCAGCCUCACCUCCUGCGUGGCAAGGAAUGAGCAAAAUGACAGCGGCAGCAACGACGAUAUCGAAAGCGUCAAAAUUUUUCUUUUUUCUUACACACAUUUUCUCAGAAUUGAAGAGCGUCCGAUUUUGUGGGAGGCCCUUGGGUACGCAUGAGCCUCCUUCGAAACGAUUCCUGGGCAAAAUCCCCCAUCUUUCAAACGAAUUUACUUUGGAUCACAUCACUCGGAACUACCUACAUAUUACGGACUGAAACGACAAACGCUGUCACGUAGCUCUUAACGACUUAAAGACUUUAGGCACAUGCGAUGGAUAUACCCGUGAGGCUGUGUGUGAUGUUGUAAUGAGCUUGAAUCGGCGGCGCUGCUCUGGAGGCCGCAAACGGUAACACUCGUUGUUUGAUUGGUUUUUGGCGGCAGAUCCUUGGUUUGCUACUUGAGAGCAAUUCA